AAUCCCUUUGAACUAACCUUGGAGACUGCUCUGAGAUGUUGAGCUCGGAUCGUUGCAGAUUUCUCUUCAAAAGCUUUAGCCUUCGCCUCCUCAGCCAGGCUGCUUAAAAACACCAGCGUUAGGAGUUCGAUCUGAGGAAAUGCGGCUGCGUUGGGCAACUACCUCAGCAAAACACCGUCUUUCUGCAUCCGGGUCAGAGGACAGUAAUGGCGGCCACCAUUGAGACAGCAGUCGGCAUGAGCAAUAUGCUGCAAUUCAUGAAACUUAUCGGACAGCUCAAAAGGGUCCCACGGACGGGCUGGGUGUACAGGAACGUGAAGAAACCAGAGAGUGUAUCAGACCACAUGUACCGCAUGGCCAUGAUGUCUCUGACCAUCACAGACCCCACAGUGGACAAGGACAGAUGUAUAAAGCUUGCUCUGGUUCACGACAUGGCAGAGUGCAUUGUGGGAGAUAUUGCUCCAUCAGACAACAUCAGUAAAGCAGAGAAACACAGGCGAGAAGAGGAGGCGAUGAACCAUCUAUCAGCUCUACUGCCGGAGGGACUCAAAAAGGAGAUUUAUGGACUCUGGGAGGAAUAUGAAACCCAGAGCAGCCCGGAGGCCAGGUUGGUGAAAGAGUUCGACCUCCUGGAGAUGAUCCUGCAGGCUCACGAGUAUGAGGAGCUAGAGGGAACGCCGGGAAGACUGCAGGAGUUCUUUGACUCCACCAACGGUCGUUUCCACCACCCAGACGUGCUCCGGCUGCUCAGCUCUCUAAAUGAAGAGAGAGGUUGUAAAUUGACUAAAACGGAUGAAACAAAAAAUUCAGGCAACUCGCAGACGACUGGUGCGUCACCUUCCCAGCCACGUAAGACUUGACUGUAACACACACACACGCCGCCUUAGUGGAGAGACUGUAACACAAUAUGUGUGUAUGAGGAUGCACAAACCCAACACAGGAAAACAACCCUGUGGAAAACCAUCUUCUGCAUCUCCCCUCAUUUCUGAGCCAUUUGCUGCAGUACAACUGUGAACGAUGGCACAUGGAUAUCUUCUAUGUGCAUGCAGCUGUUUUGGCCCAUUAAAGGAGAAUCCAUACUGUCCUGGAAAGUACAGUACCACUAUCUAUAAUAAAUACAUUCUGACGACUACUUAUGCAAAUACUGCCAGAUAAUGUCAAAAUGCAAUGAAAUGUCCUAAAAAGUAUUAAACCCUAUAUAAAUUCCCAGAUCAUGUUACAUUAUCACAUUAGUUGCAAAUGUGACCUCUCUUAUGGUUAGUUACUUUAUAAACUGUUUAUUUGAACUGCUAAUGUAGAGAGAAAUCAUUAAACUAGGCCCACAUUGUAUUUCCUUUACCAGGCUUUAUUGUAUGUUUUCAAUCUAUUGACAAAUACAUUUGAUUACAUUUUGACAUGUCAUUAUAAAUAAAUAAUCUGGCAGAUAUUACAUAAUAGGGUUGUGUGUGUAACAAUGGUGUUUAACCAUCAGCAAAAAAGUGUAAAUGCAUUUUCUGAUGCAGUCUAACUAUACAGCAGAAUGUUAGUAACAACAGCAUACGCAGGCAGUCAGUGUUGCUGAUGGAUGAGAAAACAGUGGUCAGAUGUGGAGGUUAUUUGAGUCAGUAUGAUGCAUAGAACUUCAGUUGCACAGGUUCAGUCACAGUUCACAGUGUUUAUUGUAAAAAUGUUGUCACCUCACAUCAGCCAUAAAAACAGCUCUUUGUAAUGGUGUGUAAUUAAUUGUAUGAAUAUGUUAAACAUUACAAUUAUUUUAUUUGAAUGUCACAGCUUGGGGGUUAUGUUUUUGAGUUUUAGUAGAAACCUUUGUUAAAGUCUUAACUGCUGAGUUCAGUUUGAUUUCAACCCAACACAUUGUAAAAAUCUAAAACAUGUACUGUAAUUAAUUUUCCAAUGAUAUAACAUGCAUGACCUCAGUUAUUUGGUAAAAGAUCAGACCUGACAACAUUUUCUUGCUACGCAAGAUCUUUCAGUACUUGAAUGUUGACAUGAAUUUUAUUAAAAUACAUUUCAUGGACA